GCCGCGGUGUCUACACUCGCAAAAACGCCCGCUUUGACCUAGAGCCCUCCGCAUACCCUGCCCCUGGCUGGGGCAGCCAAGGCGCGGAGGACAGCUCUGAGGCCAGAUGUUUACUGCGCAGAUGCCCGACUUUACACCGGGGUCCGGGCUGUGCCGGGCGCUGGGGGAAGCGGCCACCUUCCAGAGAGCGAAAUCAUGGAGCCUUCCAAGACCUUCAUGAGAAACCUGCCAAUCACACCAGGCUACAGCGGCUUCGUGCCGUUCCUCAGCUGCCAAGGAACGUCCAGGGAGGAUGACAUGAACCACUGUGUGAAAACCUUCCGGGAGAAAACACAGCGCUAUAAAGACCAGCUGUGGGAAUUUUGCUGCGCAGUGGCCACUGCCCCGAAACUGAAGCCUGUCAACUCCGAGGAGACGGUCCUGCGGGCCCUGCACCAGUACAAUCGGCAGCACCACCCCCUGAUCCUGGAAUGCAAAUAUGUAAAGAAACCUCUCCAGGAGCCCCCGAUCCCUGGCUGGGCAGGCUACCUGCCGAGAGCCAAGGUCACUGAAUUUGGCUGUGGCACGAGAUACACUGUCAUGGCCAAAAACUGCUACAAGGACUUCCUGGAGAUCACGGAGAGGGCCAAGAAAGCACAUCUGAAACCAUAUGAAGAAAUAUACGGAGUUAGCUCCACAAAAACUUCUGCUCCUUCUCCAAAAGUUUUGCAGCAUGAAGAGCUGCUGCCAAAAUAUCCUGAUUUUUCUAUUCCAGAUGGAAACUGCCCUGCCCUUGGAAGGCCCCUGAGAGAGGACCCCAAAACUCCAUUGACAUGUGGCUGUGCUCAGAAGCCAGCAGGCACCCUGACCUCCCUCAGCAACCAUCUGCAUGCAGAAGAAAUAAAAAACAGCUACUGGGACAAUGAGACCGUUGUCAUCCACUCAGAAAUGUGCAGAGCCACACGGGGCAGCAAGCUGGGCCUGGGAGGUUUUUUCCAAGGCAAGAAUUUUCACCUGGACAUCCUGGACUCCCAUGAUUCCAUGGGUAGAAGUCAGAAGGUCAGAGAACUUUGAUGAGAAAAAUAGUUACAUCACUGUUUUCACUAACUUCCAGGCGAAAUUUAGUAUUUCCUUCCUUGAUGAAUGUAAGCAACAAACCACUGCAGGACCUGUCACCUUAGCCUGAGAGCAAUCACAGAUGUUUUUGUAUCACGUGGCUCUGGCUGCAAACAGCUGGAAUGAUGUUAAAGCUCAUCUCUUUAUAAUCAUGGUGGUUAUUACAGUGACUAUAUCUAUUCUCUCACAUAUUGUUAUUCAAUAUAAGAAUAAAGAAAUGGCUGUUUUAUAAA